AUGAAGCAGGCGGAGGCCAGCAAGACGCGCAAGCCGUACACGAUUACCAAGUCGAGGGAAUCGUGGACGGACCAGGAGCACGACCGGUUCCUCGAGGCGAUCAACCUGUACGACCGCGACUGGAAGAAGAUCGGAGACUAUGUGGGCACCAAGACGGUCAUCCAGAUUCGCAGCCACGCGCAGAAGUACUUCCUCAAGGUGCAGAAGAACGGCACGGGCGAGCACAUCCCCCCGCCCAGGCCCAAGCGCAAGUCCGCGCAGCCGUACCCGCAAAAGGCGGCCGUCGGCGGGGGGCGCGACGGGAAGCAAGCGAAGAAGGGCGGCGGCGCGGGCGUCGGCAAAGGAACGGGCGUGUCUCUGGCGCCGCCGGAAGGAGGAGGAGGUCCUCCCAUGGGCGUGAGGCACGCGUCCCCGGGCGUGAUGGGCGCGCCACCGCCGGUCAACCUCGUGGGACCCGGCGGCGUCUUGGGCGGCGGCUACCCGAUGGCUACGAGUGUCGGUCGAUGGGACGGCGGCAUGCGGGGCCCGCACCCCGCCGGGCCGGGUCCCAUGUCCUCGAUGGGCGCCAUGGGCGAUGGAUCGUGGGGCGGCGGGAUGCCGAGCGGCAUGGGAGGCAUGAGCGACGGCGGGUUCGGCGGCGCGCGGGGCGACGGGGUGAUGCGGGGACACCAGCAGGGGGUGAUGACGCACCAUCGCGACGUGAUGAUUGGGCACGGCGGCGGGAACGGGAUGAACCCGCCGAUGGGCAGUUACCCCGUCGGUCCCAUGGGGCUCAAGGGGUUCGGGAACGGCCAGGGCGGCGGCGGCGGCGGCGGCGGCGGCGGCGGCGGCGGCAACGUCAUCAUCGGGCGCGGUGGCAAUCUCAAGCCGAGCCCGUCCAACAACCCCGACUUUGUCGUCGUCUACACCUUCCUCGCGGAGUGCUUCGAUCCGGAGGUGAAGGGCCACGCGGAGAAGCUCAGGGCGAUGUCCCCGAUCGACAGGGAGACUACCACGCUGUUGAUGCGCAACCUGAGCUCCAACCUGAUGUGCCAGCGGAUGUGGGAGGAUCAGGUGCAGCUCAUCGGCGCCGGGUGCCCCACCUUCGUCAACGCCACGUACGACGAGAAGGGCGUCGUCGGCGUCAACGUCCCCUCGGGCGCCGUGGUCCACGCCGGUUCGGGCCAAGUGGCGAGCGGCAACGACGAGAACAGCAACGGCGACGGGAGCGGAGCAGGCGACGGCGUCACGGACCCGCUCAACGGAGGCGGGAGCGGCGACGGAAGCGGCGCGGGGGGUGACAACGGCGGCCGCGGCGCGCUGAAGGGAUCGGCGAAAAACGUCCCGGCGACCGCCAAGGAUGGCCGUCCGUCCGCCUCUAACGGCCCGAACGGCGGCGGUACGACGUACGUCCACGCGAGUCAGUUCACGCGGCUGCAGCCGCACCCGGUGGUGGACGUGGGAACGUGGAGCGACCAGUACGUGGGCGAGGGGCCGGGGGCGUCGUAUCCGGGGGGUGGCGACGAUAAGGGUUUCGACAAAGGGGGGCGGUCUCGUUCGAACAGCGGCUCCCCGACCGAGGACCUUAUCGGUAAGGGCGUGCCCGAGGAUGUGUACAUCACCGGGGGCGCCUGA